AUGAAGAAAAGGGAGAAAGACGUACUGCAGAGGCCGGCCGAGGAGUACAACAAGAAGGGAGUUGACCCGGAACUCAAGUCCAAACUGGCUGUAAAGAACUGCACGGCUCGGAUGCAUGCAUUUUCCAAGGAACUUUAUGACACAAUGGGUGUCCGGGUCUUUAUCUUAGGAUGUUAUCUGAAGCCCGAUGGUAAUUUGGACGUCUCAACAUACGACUUCAAUCAAGAACUCGGGAAUGGGAAAGACUUUAUUGAUAACCAUAGCCGGACUUUCCAUGAGGAAGGAAUAUCGCACUAUACUGGGCAGAGUAAGGGAUCGGCUCCUUGGACGGCUAUUGGAUCAAAGUUACUUGACUUCAUUGAUCUAGAAUAUAUACCCCCGGCUUGGAGAUCAGUAAAUGGAGAAGGUAACAACUUUUACAAGUUUCUUGAUCCCUCCAAAUUCCCGAUGGAAAUGGUCACUGAAGCUCUCCAGUUUUGUGUUGGGAAGGGCAAGAAGCCCAGCAGAAGCAAGGGUCAAAGGAGAGGCCGGGCAGCAACCGAGUCACCAUCAGAUGAGGAAGCCAGGCCAAAGAGAAAGGAAGGGGUGGAAGAUCGGCAGUUCGAUGACAACAGUUGGAAGGAUUUGGAUGUGGACAAGCCGGCCAAGAAACGAACCGAACAGUUUUCUAAGGAUGACUGGACUCCUGAUCGGGAUGGCUCCGAUGACGAUGGAGAAGACUUGGACGUGGAGAAACCAACCAAGAAACCAACCAAACAGCAUGACAAACAUCGUGAGGAUGGCUCCGAUGAUAGUGACUCAGACUCCAAUAAUGGUCAAGGGAGGCCAAAGCAGGAUACUCUGACCGAGCCCACAGUGAAACCUAGCAGGGUCAACCCGACCUUGGAAGAGGAUAGAGACUCGGGAUCAGAUUUGGGCUCAGAUGAUGCUACGAUCACUGUAGAUACCAGCCCCGAGCUUCAGCCUCGGUACAACGACACCCGGGCUCUCUCCCAUGAAGUACCAUCGGACACUGAGGUCUUGGCUGAUGAUACAUUUUGGGAAGCUGACCUGGGCUGUGGGGUGGAGUCAGCUGAUCGAGCGAAGAAGAGAAAAUUCACUGAUGAGGAGGAUACACCCUGCAAGUUUCCUCGGUUAGAGAAGGGUUACAAACUUGGCCCGAGGAGUGCCCGACCAGGCAAAGUCAAAUGCCGAGCUGCCUCAGCUGUUAUCCAAGCCACUGUCAAACCAGCUCAAGCAACCAAUCUGAGGUCAGACACAACCAAAGCUUCGAAUAGCUUUGAUUUCACUAAGUCAAGUGGUGUCAACGCAAAACGACCAGUCCCUUCAAAACAAAAGGAGUCAGAGGCCGGUCCCAGUCAGCAACCAUCUAUUGAUGUCCCCACCAAGCCAAAACCAAAACCUCAUCCUAUCAUGAAAGGCAAGGUUUCUACAGGGGAACUCGGUAUAGUAACCCGAGAACGGUUGAAAAAGAUUGCUGAAGAAAGUGUUCGUUCCACCCGGUCCAAGAAAGUUUCAUUCGUCAGUUAA